GGCGGCGGGGCUCGAGCGGAGCAGAGGGGAGCGGCGCGGAGCCGCGCGGGAGGUGGCGGCGCCGCCCGGGCCCAUGGAGCUGGAGAACAUCGUCGCCAACACCGUGCUGCUCAAGGCCCGAGAAGGUGGUGGCGGAAACCGGAAAGGCAAGAGUAAGAAAUGGCGCCAGAUGCUGCAGUUCCCACACAUCAGCCUCUGCGAGGACCUGCGGCAAGCCCUUGAGCGGGACUACCACAGCCUGUGUGAGAAGCAGCCCAUCGGGCGCAUGCUGUUUCGGCAGUUCUGUGAGACACGGCCUGAGCUGUCACGCUGCGUCAAGUUCCUGGAUGCUGUGGCUGGGUACGAAGUAGCUCCAGAUGAGAAGCGGAAGGAAUGUGGGCAGCACCUGAUUGAAAAGUACUUGAAGCCAAAGAGUGAGGACCAUGUGCCUGAAGUCCCCUCCCAGCUGGUGGAUGCCUGUUGUGAGAGGCUGGAGCAGGAACCUUCCAAGGAGCUCUUCAAAGAAUCCACUAAGCUUAUCCACGACUACCUGAGUGUGGCUCCCUUUGCUGACUACCUCGACAGCUUGUACUUCAACCGCUUCCUGCAGUGGAAAUGGCUGGAACGGCAGCCGGUGACCAAAAACACUUUCCGCCAAUACCGCGUGCUAGGCAAGGGUGGUUUUGGAGAGGUUUGUGCCUGCCAAGUGCGUGCCACAGGGAAGAUGUAUGCCUGCAAGAAACUGGAGAAGAAACGGAUCAAAAAGCGGAAGGGAGAAGCCAUGGCCCUGAAUGAGAAACAGAUCCUGGAAAAAGUGAACAGUAGGUUUGUAGUGAGCUUAGCCUAUGCAUAUGAAACUAAAGAUGCUCUCUGCCUAGUGCUGACCCUCAUGAAUGGAGGGGACCUCAAGUUCCAUAUCUACCACAUGGGAGAGGCUGGCUUCGAGGAGCCCCGGGCAGCUUUCUAUGCUGCUGAGAUCUGCUGUGGCCUCGAGGACUUGCACCAGGAGAGGAUCGUGUACAGGGAUCUGAAGCCUGAGAACAUAUUACUGGAUGACCAUGGUCACAUUCGUAUCUCGGAUCUGGGGCUGGCUGUGCACGUGCCUGAGGGCCAAACAAUCAAGGGGCGUGUGGGAACAGUUGGCUACAUGGCUCCAGAGGUGGUGAAGAAUGAGCGCUACACAUUCAGCCCAGACUGGUGGGCGCUGGGCUGCCUGGUGUAUGAGAUGAUUGAGGGGCAGUCCCCCUUCCAGCAGCGCAAGAAGAAGAUCAAGCGGGAGGAGGUGGAGCGGUUGGUGAAGGAUGUGCAGGAGGAGUACUCAGAGAAGUUCUCGCCCUGUGCCCGCUCCCUCUGCACCAUGCUCCUGUGCAAAGACCCUCUGGAGCGCCUGGGCUGCCGAGGAGCUGGGGCUAGGGAGGUGAAGGAGCACCCUCUCUUCAAACACCUCAACUUCCGGAGGCUGGAAGCAGGCAUGCUGGAUCCACCCUUCAAGCCAGAUCCCCAGGCCAUCUACUGCAAGGAUGUUCUGGACAUCGAGCAGUUCUCCACGGUGAAAGGAGUGGAGCUGGAGCCCACGGACAAUGACUUCUACCAGAAGUUUGCUACUGGAAGUGUGCCCAUUCCUUGGCAGAAUGAGAUGAUAGAGACAGACUGCUUCAAGGAGCUGAAUGUGUUUAGCACAGAUGGCACGGUGCCCCCAGACCUGGACUGGAAAGGGCAGCCUUCACCACAGCCCAAGAAAGGGUUACUCCAACGCUUCUUCAGCAGACAGAGGUGAGCAGUCUCUCCUGGCUGCUCUGCUCAGGGAAAUACCUGGUGGCCCACGGACAUGGCAAGAUCUGGGAAAGAGGAGUGUUGUCCUUCGGUGCCUAACCCUUUCCCCCAGCAGAGCAUAAGCUGUUUGUUGUUCUAACUGCCCCCUGAGCCGCUAAUCCUGCUCCCUGCUCUUGCUGCCUUCCCCACUGUGGAGGAAGCUUUACCCUCAGCUUGAGCCAAAGCUGCCCCUGUACUGCUGCAGCUGGGAGCUCUGCUCCCAGGGGGCUGUGAGGAGGCCAGGGUUCCCCCUCUCUCUUCUCUUUGGAUGUCCUGGAUCCACAGAAGAGUUGAGAUACUGUGAAGAGUUUGGCAUUGUCCCAUGCUCAGGCUCCCUCCCCAGGGCUUCAGCUGCUUUUUGUGACCUGAUGAGUCCUGAGUGAGGCAGAUUGUAUGCGCUGGCACUGAGCUGUCUCCCUGGGUGGCUGUAGUCUAUAGAGCCCAUCUUCCUCCCAGCUUCUGAGCCAGUCAGCUAUGCACUCACAAAUAUGUCUGCUAGGAGCUGAGCCCCAAAGUGCAGCUUUGUUUCUCUGCCAGAGGGCAGCUGUAGACCAGGUUGUGUGACUGUGCUUACCCUCUGCUUGCUGUGCUCCUCUCUCCCUCCUCGUUGCCCCUCUGACUUCAGGACUGUUGUGGGAACUGCAGUGACAGUGAGGAAGAGCCCACCCGGCUGUAGAGCACAGUCUGUUCUCCGACUCCUGGGACCCUCUUGCCUCUCCGGGUGCCCAGAAGAACAACAGCCCAGCCUGAAGGACAAGGUAGCAGUGGCCCCACGAGGUGGAUUUGUUUACAACUUUACAUGUCUUUUUCUGAAGACUGUGAGGAUGGCUCCAGCGCUGGCAGCAGCACAGGGCACCUCUGGCUGUGCGUGAGCCAUCGUCCCCAGGACAGAACUGGACGCUUCUGAGUGCUGCUGGGGAUGGUGCUGCUGCUGCCCACCCACUGCCGCCCCCCUCUGGGGCCAAAGGCAGGAGGGAGGGAUUGUGCUGGUGUGGGCCAAGGCCGGGCUGGAGCAGCUCUGACACAUUCCAUGGUGUCGAAGUGGCACUGCAGGUUUGGUGUAUAUUUAUAUAUGUCGGUCUGUACAUAUCACAUGUCAAUUUUUAAUCUAUAGGUGGGGGCCUGCACUGCCCCCACUCUGUCACAGGCACAAAUGUCCUCCUAUGGGGGGAGUGACAGUCCCAGCUAUGUACCAGGGAGUCCUGGGCAGAGGCCUUCUGUGCCUUGAGAUGCCUAAAGCAUCUUUCCUGGACUUUUCUGGCCCUGCUGAGGCGUCCCUGGCUCCAGAGGAGUCCAUUGCUCAGCCCUGAGGCACAGGAGAAUGCUAUGCCAAAGCAUCUCCCUUUGCAUCCUGGCAGCAGAGCAUCACUGCCUCAUCCCUGCUUCCCUGCCUGCCGGAGCCUGCUUUCUCCUGCCUUAUCUCACACGUGCUGCCAGCUCCUGGGCACUGAUCCUGGCCUCUUCAGCCUGCUGGCAGCCUGCCUGCAGCACAGCAGGACAUGGCCACUUCCCCAGCACCUGGCCAGAAGCUGGACCCAAGGGAUAGCCCUGUCCCUGCGUGCUGCAGGGUUGACCCAGCACAGCCCCACCAGCUCGGCUGGCUUGCUGGGGACACAAGCAGGCCCCAGUCCUGGCUCGGUUUUGAUGGCUGUGCUCUUGAGUGUAAAGUUGUGACAGAGAGACUCCUUGCCCAGGGCCAUGACCCUGUGGGAGUCAUAGUGGGAGCAGGGCCAGCCCGCAGGAUCCAGCAGAGCUGUGCCUGAGGGCAGGGCAUUGCUACAGGGGCCUGAGCCUCCAAGGGAGUCCUGUGUGGACCCAGGGAGCUCAGCCUGGCUCUCCUGCCUCUGUCCUCCAUGUCAUGUCCUGUCCUGUGUAUAUGUGUCCCAGCUGUGUUCCUAGCAAUAAUUGGUCUUGUGUGUGUAUGUGUGUGUACGUGUGUGUGCUGCUGCCCUGUGCUCGUUCUGAGCCAGGCCCCACGGCAGGGCUGAGCACCAACUUGGACCUGUGGUAUCAUUUGCUUGCCUUGCACUAAAGUUUGAAAGUA